AUGAUUGACACGCAGACUGGGAACAAGCAAAGGACAGAUACCUAUAGCAGGCGUUUCAAGAACUAUUGCUCGUAUGCCCGGAAGCGAUGCUGGUCUGGACUCUGCCAGACCCUCGGCAUUUUCUCAGCCGAUGGAGCUACGGGUACAAGGCUUGGAUGUCGCACUGGAAGAUAUUCGUCGCCUCGUGUCUGCCCGAGCAAUCUCGAUAAUGUGUGCACAAUGCGAUGUCCCGUUGGCAUCAGGAAUCCGUUGGAAAAGCGAAUCUCUAGAGCCCUCCCGGACUCCAGAGCGGAGGUGUUUGUUACGACCAGACAGUUGGGCCAGUACCAGGGAGGCCAGCCAAUUUUAUUUAGUGCCGAAGUGGAGUGGGGAAUGGUGGAAUUCCGUUACUUUGUUAAUGCAGGAAUGCAAUUUAAAGGUCAGCGAGUGGGUUUUUCGGAAAUUCAUUCGCGGCACCGGAACCUUUUCUGGCGUGCGGACCCCCACUUCGAUGUCGGAGACGCUUUUAGCACUGGUUAUUUACCACGCCGCACCUAG